AUGGAGGGGGUUAGAGGGGAGGUUAGAGGGAGAAGUUGUACCGAAGUCGGGACGAGGGUUGGGAUUUGUGGGAGGGAGGAUGAGAGUGAUGACAUAGAAAUCAAGGGUAUGAGGAAAUAUGGAAAAUGUAAUCUUAGAAUGUGGAAUUUGGAGAAUAUGGCAUGA